UUCGUUAUAUGGCAUACUCUACAGAGCUGUUGGGGGAGAGGGGUGGCUUCGCUGGUUCCAUUCACGUUCAAGACCAGAGAAGAGAGAGAGAGAGAGAGAUGGAAUGUGAUUAGCGAGGCCUAAAACUGUUGUCUUUUGUUUCUUCCUUGUAGAUUUUAUAAGCACUGAGAAAGGAAGAAGGAGGAGAGGAAGAAGAAGGAGAGAAGCCAGAAGAAAGGAUUCCAGGUUGGCCUUCUUCAUAGCAUGGAGCCAGAAUCUGGAUUCUCCCCUCCUCGAAACCCUCCUCUUCGUCAGCUCCCUCUUCUGUCAUGGGUUAACCUCUCUAGAAAUUUAGUACUGGCAUACCAGAGUUUUGGUGUAGUUUAUGGGGACCUGAGCACAUCUCCUCUUUAUGUCUUCUCAAGCACAUUCACAGGGAAGCUGCAGAAAUAUAGAAAUGAGGAAGUCAUAUUUGGUGCAUUUUCACUGAUCUUUUGGACCUUGACAUUAUUACCUUUGCUUAAGUAUGUUGGUAUCUUGUUGGGUGCCGAUGAUAAUGGAGAAGGUGGUGUAUUUGCUCUCUACUCGCUUCUUUGUAGACAUGGAAAAUUCAGCUUACUUCCUAAUCAGCAAGCAGCUGAUGAGGAGCUAUCAACUUACAAAUAUGGACCCUCAACUGAUGGUGUCUUGUCCUCUUCUUUGAAGAGGUUUUUGGAGAAGCAUAAAAAGCUACGGACAGCCCUGCUUAUAGUGGUACUUUUUGGUGCUUGUAUGGUCAUUGGUGAUGGUGUACUGACUCCAGCUAUAUCAGUUUUAUCAGCAGUAUCAGGGUUGCGAGUAACAGAACAGAAAUGGCACAAUGGUGAACUCCUCCUGAUUGCUUGUGUUAUAUUGGUCGGCCUUUUUGCUUUGCAGCAUUGUGGCACACAUAAAGUAGCUUUUAUGUUUGCGCCAAUUGUAAUCAUCUGGCUGGUUUCGAUGUUUUCUGUUGGUCUGUACAACAUUAUAUGCUGGAAUCCCAGCAUUAUACAUGCAGUUUCUCCACAUUAUAUCAUCAAGUUCUUCAAGGAGACUGGUAUAGAUGGUUGGAUUUCUCUUGGAGGGAUCCUUCUUUCUGUAACAGGUACUGAAGCUAUGUUUGCAGAUCUUGGUCAUUUCACUGCCUUGUCAAUUAGGCUUGCAUUCACAAUUGUUAUAUACCCAUGUCUGGUAAUACAAUACAUGGGCCAGGCUGCAUUCUUGUCCAAAAACCUUGGUUCUAUACCUAACAGUUUUUUCGACUCAAUUCCUGAUUCUGUAUUUUGGCCUGUAUUUGUUAUUGCAACACUGGCAGCUAUUGUUGGGAGUCAGGCUGUUAUAACUGCUACUUUCUCUAUCAUCAAACAGUGCCAUGCCCUUGGAUGUUUUCCCCGAGUCAAAGUUGUUCACACCUCAAAACAUAUAUAUGGACAGAUCUAUAUCCCAGAAAUUAAUUGGAUCCUCAUGAUCCUUACUCUUGCCAUAACAAUAGGAUUUCAAGACACAACUUUGAUAGGAAAUGCUUAUGGACUUGCUUGCAUGACGGUUAUGUUCAUCACAACAUUUCUUAUGGCACUUGUCAUAGUCUUUGUUUGGCAGAAAAGUGUUUUGCUGGCUGCAACAUUCCUUCUAUUUUUUUGGACCAUUGAAGGUGUGUACUUGUCAGCUGCAUUCACAAAAGUGCCUCAGGGAGGAUGGGUGCCUCUUGUGUUGUCAUUCAUUUUUGUGAUUGUUAUGUUUAUCUGGCACUAUGGAACUCGCAAAAAGUACAACUUUGAUCUGCACAACAAAGUUUCCUUAAAAUGGUUACUGGGCUUGGGCCCAAGCCUCGGUAUUGUUCGUGUUCCUGGGAUAGGUCUUAUAUACUCUGAACUUGCAACAGGAGUUCCGGCAAUUUUUUCUCACUUUGUAACAAACCUCCCUGCAUUUCACAAAGUGUUGGUAUUUGUUUGCGUUAAAUCAGUUCCAGUGCCAUAUGUUUCUCCUCAGGAACGCUUCCUCAUUGGCCGGGUUUGUCCAAGACCAUAUCGCAUGUACAGGUGCAUUGUAAGGUAUGGGUACAAGGAUAUCCAGCGGGAUGAUGGGGACUUUGAGAACCAGCUCAUACAGAGCAUAGCAGAGUUCAUCCAGAUGGAAGCAGGGGAGUCACAAUAUUCCAGUUCAGAGGCAUCAUCCUAUGAUGGGAGGAUGGCUGUAAUAAGCACGACUCUGAACUCGAGCACAAGCUUAAUAGUUUCUGAGUUAGAGGAUUUUGGUGUUAGCAACUCUAUCCAGAGCAGCAAGUCUCUAACCUUGCAGAGCUUGCGUUCUAUUUAUGAGGAUGAGAAUCCACAGAUCAGGAGGCGUGUUGUGCGGUUUCAGUUACCGUCAAGUCCUGCAAUGGAUCCAGCUGUCAGGGAAGAGCUUAUGGAUUUGAUCCAGGCAAAGGAAGCUGGGGUGGCAUAUAUAAUGGGCCACUCGUAUGUGAAAGCCAGGAAAUCUUCAUCUUUUCUGAAAAAGCUUGCAAUAGAUAUUGGAUACUCAUUUCUUCGAAAGAACUGUAGGGGUCCUGCAGUAGCACUCAACAUUCCUCACAUCAGCCUCAUUGAAGUUGGCAUGAUAUACUAUGUUUAGCCAGUUGAAGGAAAAUCUUUAGUUAGUGGAUACCAGUAGAAUUAUGAAUUACUUUUUGAAAGGGUAGCGUCUAGCAGAGAGGUACCCAUGGUCUUUGUUUCAUUUCCUUUUCAUUUUUUCUAAUAAUGAAAAUGUGUAUAGAUUAUUAGUCAUUAUUAUCUCAGUUGCAUGGAAUUGUGGGA